AUCACAGAGGGAACAGCAGUGGUUUGGAGACAACCUUCUCCUGGGGGUGGGGGAAUCAGGAGAAGACCUUUACCGUUCUACACCAGUAAGCUGUGCAGGAGCACCAGAUAUCACAGGACAUGGUUGGAAGAAGCUAUUGAGUAGCAGGAUACUAAUCAAAGUGUCGGGGACACUGAUGAGCAUUCCAGGACUGGCUCCAGGACAGCCUCACUACAUCUUCAUUCAGGACUCCUUAGUGGACAGCUCCUUCAAGGCGACGCAGGCAAACUGACUCCACGGCUCUAGAUCAAUAGGGACCCGCGGGAAGCUGCUGUCACCUGUAUUUAUUGCUAUAUUUACUGGUGCACCGUGCUGCGAUUGGACUACUAUGCCUCCUCACAGGGGACUCAGACACUUCCUGGUUACGUAGAACCCCUAAAUUGCUGCAGGAAAAGGGGAAAUCCAUCCGUCUCUCCACCCCUCCUACAGGAGAUGACCACUGAAGAGUAUGCUCUGUAAAGUCAAACCUUGAAUGUCUGAUGCCUCAUGACCAAUAACUGCAUGGCAUCAUGGCCUUGGCAUCUUAAGUCAUCAAAAAGAUCACUGGACAAUUCAUCUGUGGAGUGGAGUUUGAAAGAGGAAGGACUUUUGUUGGUUUUCCAAAAUCUUGCAUUAUGGAUAUGCCAAAGUUUACAGUAAUCGUAUGCACGUUGGUACUUCUAGGUUCAUUGACUUGUUGGUCUAAACCAAAGGGUUCUCCACAUAUGAAUUCUGUGAGGAUAGAUGGUGACCUCAUUUUGGGAGGUCUUUUCCCUGUCCAUGGAAGGGGAAGUGAUGGCAGGGCAUGUGGAGAACUCAAGAAAGAGAAGGGAAUACAUCGUCUAGAAGCAAUGUUGUAUGCCCUUGAUCGUAUCAAUGCUGACCCUGACCUUCUGCCCAACAUUACCUUAGGUGCAAGAAUUCUGGAUACGUGCUCUCGAGAUACACAUGCACUAGAGCAGUCUCUGAGCUUUGUACAGCCACUUAUAGACAAGGAUAGGGCAGAAGUUCGGUGUCUCAGUGGUGGAAACCCUAUCAUCGCUCAACCUGAGAGGGUGGUUGGAGUCAUUGGAGCAUCUUCUAGUUCUGUCUCCAUCAUGGUGGCCAAUAUAUUAAGACUUUUCAAGAUUCCACAAGUGAGCUAUGCCUCCACUGCUCCAGACCUUAGUGACAACAGUCGAUAUGACUUUUUUUCUCGAGUGGUUCCAUCUGACACCUAUCAAGCUCAGGCCAUGGUGGAUAUUGUCAAGGCCCUGAAGUGGAGUUAUGUGUCGACACUUGCAUCUGAAGGCAGCUAUGGUGAAAGUGGAGUAGAAGCAUUUAUCCAGAAAUCCAGGGAGGAUGGAGGUUUGUGUGUAGCACAGUCAGUUAAAAUUCCCCGGGAGCCAAAAGCUGGAGAAUUUGAUAAGAUAAUUCGGCGACUUCUGGAAACAUCCAAUGCCCGGGCUGUCAUCAUUUUUGCAAGUGAAGAUGAUAUCAGGCGAGUACUUGCAGCAGCAAGAAGAGCAAAUCAAACAGGACACUUCAUGUGGGUCGGCUCUGACAGCUGGGGUUCAAAGAUCUCUCCAGUACUUCAGCAAGAGGAAGUGGCAGAAGGGGCUGUUACUAUACUACCCAGGCGGGCUUCAGUCAGAGGGUUUGACCGUUACUUUACUAGUCGGACACUAGAUAAUAAUAGAAGGAAUGUCUGGUUUGCUGAAUUCUGGGAGGACAACUUUCACUGCAGACUGAGCCGAAAUGCACUACGCAGAGGUGGACAUGGAAAAAAGUGCACCAAUCAGGAGAGGAUUGGUGUUGGGUCUGCAUAUGAACAGGAAGGAAAAGUACAAUUUGUUAUUGAUGCAGUGUACGCAAUGGCUCAUGCUCUUCAUAAUAUGCACAAAUCUGUGUGUCCUGGAAGUGUUGGAUUGUGCAGUCGCAUGGACCCAGUUGAUGGCCUUGAACUAUUAAAGUACAUUCGUAAUGUGAAUUUUACAGGAAUUGCUGGUACACCAGUGACAUUUAAUGAGAAUGGUGAUGCUCCUGGUCGAUAUGAAAUUUACCAGUACCAGAUGCACAAUGGAACCCCAGAAUACAAAGUGAUUGGUCAAUGGGCAGAUCAUCUACAUCUCAAAAUCGAUCGAAUGCACUGGCCUGGCAUGCAUCCUUCCUCUUCACACUUCCCUCAGAUUCCCCCCUCUGUGUGCAGUCAGCCUUGCCUUCCAGGUGAGCGGAAGAAAGUAGUAAAAGGAAUGCCCUGCUGUUGGCAUUGUGAAAAAUGUGAAGGUUAUCAGUACCAGCUCGAUGCUUACACCUGCAAGAGAUGUCCUAUCCACAUGAGACCAAAUGAGAAUCACACAUUUUGCACUCCCAUUCCUGUGAUCAAGCUUGAGUGGAGUUCACCAUGGGCAGUCGUGCCCUUACUUCUUGCUGUCCUGGGCAUUUUGGCAACCUUGAUAGUGGUGGGCACUUUUAUGAGAUACAAUGAUACUCCUAUUGUUAAGGCUUCUGGUCGAGAAUUAAGUUAUGUCCUUCUAACUGGUAUUUUCUUGUGUUAUGUCAACACUUUUCUUAUGGUAGCCCAACCUGGCUAUGGAACCUGCUCACUAAGAAGGGUCUUUUUGGGACUGGGAAUGAGUAUUAGCUAUGCAGCACUGCUCACAAAAACCAACAGAAUCUACCGAAUUUUUGAGCAGGGUAAAAGAUCAGUUAGUGCUCCAAAAUAUAUCAGCCCAUCUUCUCAGCUGGUAAUCACAGCUAGUCUUUCUUCUGUCCAAUUGCUGGGUGUUCUUGUAUGGUUUUUUGUGGACCCAUCUCGACCUAUGGUGGAUUAUGAGAACCAGCGCACACCAGAUCCACAACUUGCACGAGGAGUGCUCAAAUGUGACAUUUCGGACCUUUCCCUCAUUUGCCUUUUGGGCUACAGCAUGCUUCUUAUGGUAACCUGCACUGUUUAUGCUAUCAAAACCCGUGGAGUUCCUGAGACAUUUAAUGAGGCAAAGCCUAUUGGUUUUACCAUGUACACAACCUGCAUUGUUUGGCUGGCCUUCAUUCCAAUUUUCUUUGGCACUGCUCAGUCUGCUGAGAAGAUGCAUAUCCAGACCACAACACUGACCAUUUCAGUGAGUUUGAGUGCCUCAGUGUCCUUAGGCAUGCUCUACAUGCCCAAGGUCUACGUUAUCCUUUUUCACCCAGAGCUGAAUGUCCCCAAGCGUAAAAGAAGCCUCAAGGCUGUUGUCACAGCAGCAACAAUGAGCAACAAAUUCACACAAAAAGGAGGCUUCAGACCAAAUGGCGAGGCCAAGACUGAGCUAUGUGACAGCAUGGAGACACAAGCUCUGGCCAGUAAACCCACGUAUGUCAGCUACAGCAACCACGCUAUAUAGACAGCACUGAUUGAGAUUGCCCUUGAACAAUGGGAGGGGCCAAACCUGUGGUCACAUCAGAUGCCGCUCACUUCUGAUAAAAAAAACGGGAUCAGUCAGGAUGACUAGUUAACCCGUCAUGGGGCGGAGAAGCGCGUCUGGCGCAGACGGGAGAAAAACAAAUGGCGUAUAAGCCACAGACAUGGGCACAUUAGCUUCCCUUCCAUUCAUUAUAACUUAUUACUUUGGUCCAGAUAAAGUUUAAUUUUAUUGAUUUCAGACAUUGUUUUUUAAAUAUUUUUUAAUUUUUGUUCAGUUUUAUACAUUUCUUGAUCUUGUGUUUAUAUUUCACAGACGCCCAUCUUUUUUGGGUGUUUUGGGUGCCAGUUUUAUUGCAUUUCAGUAUUUUUUACUUACUACCAAAACAAAUAAAACAUUAUUUUUGUUCCAUAUUGUGUUGUUUAAGCUAGGGCUGUCACUUGUGCCCAACAUUAAUUUCAAGAAAAAAAAAAAAUAUUCUUGCACUUCCGCACAUUCAUUUUGUACCUUUUCAUCUUGCCUGCAACCUUGUUAAUUGUACUAGUUUAUUUGACUCAUUUUUUGCUAUGAAUUUUCCCAAAACUCAAUGAAUGCCCCAUUUAAAAUGAAAAUGCUCGGAUAUUUUCUAGUUCAAUCAUUUGGUUUCAAAUACUAUUUUGGUUGUUGUUUUGAAGUAUAAGAACUCAAAGAGACAUAUAAAAGCCAGUAUAAUGUAAUUGACUAAUUUAAUACAACCAAAUAUAAGGAUGACAUUUUAAUUGUAACAGUUUUACAUAAAUCACAAUCUAUAAAUGCAAAGGACAAAUAAUAUAUUAUAUAUAUUUAUUUAUGGAAAAAAAAAUUAAAGGUGAACUGUUGGCCUGUUCACCCACACUAAACCCAAUACAAUAGUGUGGGUGAACAGGAUUCCAUAGAGGGGUCACUUACAUGAGAUAUGUCCCCCAGAAGAUCCUCUGCCUAAUUCAGUGAAUUGCAUGCAGGGACAAGGCUUCGCAGGGAGCAGGGCUUCAUUACUCAAUUUCACCAGGAUGUGGAGUCACAGACAAUGAAUAUGUAAAUUGGGCCGGCGAAGCCCUGCCCCCUGUGCGUGAUUCAC